AUGGGUGGAAAUGGUGCCAUAGAGUCUGCCGCGGAGCUCGUGAACGCCCUCGUGGAACGCAAGAACAAGGGUCGCUUAGAUGGCCUGACAAGCAAGGAGGUUCAAGCCAUCGGCAAGCAGGUCCAGGAUGUGCGGCACAAACGUGCUAGAUUCAUCAUCGCCCUUUCCCAUAAGAUGCAAGCUAUUUUCGCGUGCGAGAACAACCUACUUUCCCGGAUUCUAUGGCAUGUCGUUGGCCCCAUGGUGGGCGAGGAGCUCCCACCCCGCUCCAUCCCCUACGACCAUGAACUUCCAGCAAAACCGUGGAGGUCCAAAAUUACCCGCCUCACGGCGCCGUGUUUUACUGCGGCGAUGGGCGGCGUCGUCUUCUAUCUAUCCAGAGGGAACCGGGUGUCUCCGAUUUCCGAGUUCUACAACUGUACUGAGCCUUUCCUGAGCUGGCUACAGAAUUUACUUCACCAAGUCGAGUUCUCCCAGAUCACGAGGGCCAUCGGCCCUGCUCAGUAUACGGGGAUGACCCUUCCGAUGGGCUACUUCUUGUCGCAGCUGAUAUCACCAAUCUUGAUUUUCACGAUUGAGGGUCACCGGACUGGCAACAGGUUAUCUCCUCUCGCUCUCCCUUCAUUAUUUAACGGUGCAUUGCAAACGUUGGGCCUUGGUCGUGUUACCGCCAUACACGCCAUCUUUUCCGGCCUUUCUGGAUUCGGCACGCCGCCUGGCCGCCGGAUACGACCGGAGGUUGCCAAGAGCUUGAUACCGGCACUAUCUCUUGGCUAUGUGCUGCCCAUGUCCCUUUUACUGAUGUACCCGGGAAAUCUUACUCCCUGGAAGCGUUUGGUAUGGUACCUUUCGCCCGUAUGUGUCUCCACCCUUAGCCGUGUACUGCCCGCCCUCCAAAGCCCAUGGCGGAAGAAGAAGGCGGCAAAAUCUCCCGGGACGCCCAACGGCCCCAAAGACCCGCUUUUCGGACGCUACAGCCUCACCGACGUCUCGCCUCUGAAACUUUCGUACGACUUCGCCUCUGCCCUGCAGGCUGCCGCGCACGUGGCUGCCUUGGUCCACGGAUACCGUCCUGCGAGGUUGGCGCUCUACGAAUUGUACGACACGGCCAUACUGUUUUCAGGCACCUUUGACAUGCGCGCUUUCGUCCUCUCCAUGAUCCCGGGAUUAUUACUGCACGACGCCAUCUUUGGAGUAAUUCCUGUCAUGAUGUCCAACUUGUAUACCGUUUGGGACCUGCGUCGGCGUGGAAAUAUCACUACCUGGCAGGCGACGAGGGCCACGCUGGGGGUAGUUGUCGGCCAGUUCUUAGUUGGGCCCGGCGCAACCUGGGCACUCUUGUGGCGUUGGCGAGAGAGCAAGAUCGUGUCUCUCUCGAUUACUUGA